AAUGAGAAAAAAGUUGGUAAAAACCACCACCAGAGGUCCAAUGAAGAAAACCGGUGCGUCUAAAAGCGACAACUAAGCACCAAGCGCCUUUUGGUUUAAAAACUUGACUGCUAGUGUUUGUGUCUAAUGCUUUUCAGCUGCAGAGCAUGUAGUUUCUUUUAUUUUGAACCUGGAGCACACCAUGAGUCGACGGAAAAGCAGUAUUUUACUACCCUUCAACACCACGGCGAGCAAAGCCGGCAAUCAGACCGAAAAUGCUUCUCAUGUUCGAAGUAGAAAGACUCCUGCAAAAAGAAGAAGAACCCAAGUUGAAGUGUUGGAAACACGCUCGGAUGAAAAUAACCUUGAAGUGUAUGAUGACCUGAAACAAAAAAUGUGGAGCAUUUAUCGUGUUGCUGACUUAAACAACUUCAACUACCAAAAGCCAGGCACAUUUCCAAGAUAUGGACGUAUUUUAUCUCGACAUCUAGUUCACUCCUUCACUCAGCCUGUCACGUUACAGGCAACAUUUUUGGAAAAACCUGAUUUUAAAGGCUUUGAAGGUGAAAACCCACCAGUUCAUAUUAAAGUUGAAGACAUACAGUUAAAUACCCCUCGGCUUGUAUAUGAAGGCAUCCUUUUUUCAGCUCAUGCAGCUGUAGACUCAAAAGUUGAAGGAGCUGCUUAUUUACCAGUUCUCUUGGCAAGAGGGCCCAUACCUGUUCGAAACAAGGUUCACGAAUGUCUAACCGCAGUUUUUUCUUCCGCCAUUCACGAAGUUUCAUUUCCUCCUGAAGAAAUGCAGUGGAUGAUUGCAGCUUGGUCAGGCUUUCUAAAUGAGUCCCAAAAAAAUAAAGAAGUGAACUUUCUAUAUGGCCUUCCGGCAAAGCCAGACACAAUCCAAUGUCAGUAUUCUGUGAAUUUCAUCAAAGACCUUUGGAGAUGCAUCCAUGACCAAGACAGCCUAGUUGUAGAACUGAAUGAAGUCAAGAAAUUCCAUGAUGUCCUGGUGAGGCAUACGUAUCAAACGCUCGGUCUCAACUUGGCCGCCGUUCCAUUGGUCAUAUACAGAACACCUGACUUUGAAAUACAUGCCACUGGAAAAGUUAAAGUGAGAACUGUCGAAUUCGUCCCGAGGAUUUUACACUUUAUCGCAGACUUGUGUGAAACCCGAAAUAGAAUGGAUUUAAACGAGUCAUAACCAGAAAAAUGUUCAUGAACCCCUUAACCACUGCCGGUGAGAUCUUUUUCUUUUCCGAAAGAUUCAUUGAACGACAAACAGUUAAAUGGCUUUCUCUUGGACUUAAUUUCCUUCCCAUUUUGGUCAUACCACAAUCCAUCUGGGGAGAAAGUGAUCAUUGUUUUACCCUCAUAGUGGAUAACAUAUUGUAUUUCUGCUCCAAUAGCCAAGUGCAGCAUUUCUACUUCUCCGUAAAAGAAUUUUAUGUUUGUACAAAUGAUAAAAAUUCAUUAAAAGAGGAAAAAGCUCUAGAGCUGAAACCCACUGCGGACCCGGGUAGGAACUCGGGAUCUCGUACACAGAUGGGGUCUCUAUCUAAGUUAUGAAUUGCCGUUUUAACCAUUACAAAGCUCCUACUAGACAACCGCUUUUAUCUUUCUCACCUCGUUCUCACAUUUUUUUU